AUGAGUGACUAAGAAAUAUUAUUAGUUAAAAUAUUUAGAAAAUACUUUUUAAAUGCUUACAAGUUAAUAUUUUCAUUGGACUAAAAGUAAGCAGAUAGAUUCAAAGAAAAAAAUACCUAUUAUUACACUCAAUAGCAUAAGGAUUGUCAUCAUGAACAUAAAGAUGAUGAUAGAAAUUGUUGUGGAUCCUUCUUUGCUAAAGUCUACAUACCUGAAAAAGAAAGAAGUGCCCUAGAACAAAUUGUAUUUGAAUAAUUGUCUAAGAACAAUAUUCGAGCCAAAUUGCCUUAGAUUUUGGAUUAUUUAUAAUAGCGAUUUAAUAGCAUUAAGAAAUCCGGAAAAAAGGACAAUUUACAAUGGGAUGUAGAAACUGAAGUUUACAUCUUGAAUGAAGUCUUGAGAGAAGGAUUGCAAUUCUAUUUCCUCAAGGAGAUUCGCUUGGAAAUGUAAAAGGAAUAGUACAUAGAUUCAAAAUAACAAAUGCUUGUUGCCACUCCCUAGACUUGGAUUAAUAAGUACCCCAAAAUUGAAUUAAAUUUCUUAUCAGCCGAUUUCAUGUAUGAUUUGAUGAACACUGGAUGGAGCGUUAUGAAUAAAUUCAUUAAUAACAACGACUAUUGUCAUGCCUUAUUUAAAGAAUUAGAUUUUCUAGAAAGAGAUGGUCGUUUUGAGGAGGUUCAAACUGAACUCCAAAGAGACGAUAAGACCUUUUGGUUGACUCUCAGUUAAAUGGAUAAGGAUUCCUUUAAAAACCUCUAUUUCAUUUCUCACAUUCUAAGUGCCUUGCCUUAUGAGUUGAAUUCCAAGAACAAAGAUCUACUAGUUUAGAUUAGUGAAUCAUAUCAAAUAAGUUUCUUUGGAGGUAAGGAUAAAAAACAUAAGAAGCAUUUUGAUUCUUCCUUCGAUAAAAAGGCUGAUACAGGAAAAAAGUUCACUUUUCUUUACGUCGUUAAUCCUGUUACCAUUGAAAUUGAAGAACAAAAAAUCACUCUGCAGCCAGAUAAUAUUGUUGGUCUCAUGAGCAGGAAAAUCCCAUAUGCACUAUAAUCAAACGAUGGCAGAGCCUUUUUAAUAAGAUAUUUUAUAGAUGGUCCUGUGACCAACAUUUGUUGA